UCAUAAACUGGGUCUGAGAAUAAAAGGAGGAGGGAGCCGGAGACGUACGCAGACAGAGUUGUUUAACGGUGAGACUCACAGAGUAAGAUACAGAGCAGCAGAAGCAAAGAGCUUGAUUCACAUAUUCCAUCCAGAUCUGAGAGUCGGUGCGAAGGUAAACAGAGAGGACGAACUGCGCAGAAAAAGUGCAUCAGAAAAUAUUCAGCAGCUGAACUUUCCUCGACCUGUGCUUCCAGCAAGGACUAAAUUUGACAAGAUGAGACUCCAGGUGAAGUUUAUGACCGGUGAGAUUAUUGAACUUGAUAUCGAUCCUUCCAUCCAAGUGUCAGCUCUCAAGAAGAUGAUAUAUGAAAGAACCAAGGUGCCCCAUUUCCGACAGCGCCUGGUGGUGCAAAAUGGAAACACUGAAGUUCUGCAGGACAGCAGGAGGCUGUCUGACUACAAUGUCUCUCCCAGUCAUGAGGUCAUGCUGAUUGUCAAGAAUGAGGAGCGCAUGCAGAUAUUCCUGAAGAAUGACAAGGGAAAAAUAUCUACAUAUGACGUUCUUCCCUCUGAGUCUGUUCAGGAUUUUAGAGCACGAGUGCAACGGCAGGAGGGUGUCCCAGCCCAUCAGCAACGUCUGGUGUGCGAGGGGAAACAACUGGAGGAUGGCCGAACACUCGCCGACUACAAUAUUCAGUCUGAGAGCACCAUCUUCCUCGUGCUACGUCUACGAGGUGGUUAGCUAAGGCAGCACCAAUAUGGAAUGAGUGUUAGAUAUUACACAGUAACUAUAAUAUAAAUCUGUUGUUUUUUUCCCACUGAUGCAAUUUCUAUGAGGUUAUGCAUUGCGGUUAGUAAGUAAAUGAUACUUUGUCACUCUUCGAUUGCCUUGUUAAGAACAGUGGGUUGUACAAGCACAUAUUAGUGUCUGUCUACGAAGCAGGCCAUUGCCUGCACUCAUAGCCCACACGGAUUGUGUCAGACAAAGCAGUGGAGGGUAUCCUUGAAAGAAGGAAUGGAAAAAUAUUUUUAUUUUAUACAUGAGGCCAAAAAUUACUAAACAUUUUCCUUUGGGACCUAAAUUCAGAUUAGACCCAACCUCCCGCAAGCCUGCUGAGUGUGGAUAUCCUCUAUGAAAUAGAUUGUGUGAGUGUCAGUGUUAACCUAAUGCACGUGCGCUCACCGCAUGAUGAUUAUUCUUUUCGGUUCCAUUGCCACUCGGGUGUGGCACAAGGUGGUUGGUAUGAGGAGAAAUGGGACGCUUUUUGUGAUGCACUGAAAUUUGCCCGAAAUAACUGUAUAUAAUGAACAAUUAUAUUAAAUAUUCUGCAAGUAUUGCUUUAGCCUUACUUUAUGUGAGUAGAUGCGUACAUGUCCAAAAUAUGUGCUUUAGUCAGAGUGCUUAGUCUUCUGUAAUAACAGAAUCUAUGUGUCUGCGCUGUUCAUUUUAUUGAAAUGUGCUACGUUACUUGAAAAUAAAGUUGUUUCUUUGGAUACAAA